AUGGUUGACUUGGUCAAAUGGUGUCUGUACGUCUCGUACUUCUACGGACGUUAUACCGGCGUGAUCAACUUUGAGAUCGACUUAAAAACGGGUAGAACCCGUAUCACCAAAUGGGCCACCAUCUAUGCAGCAACUACGGAAACCAUGCAGCUGACAAUGGGACUAAUACUGUCGCGAAAAUACCUUACCAUCACUAUGGCUUUGGGGGUUUGGUCAAUCAUAACCUUAACAGCCAUUAUAAAUGUGAUCAUAACCCAGUAUUAUAUUGCAAUUGCAAAUAUACGUGGGCGCUAUAUACUCCUGAAUAAGGAACUAGAGGCCAUUUUAACCGAAGCUAAGUCUCUAAUUCCCAACCGCCGUGGGGUCUUUAUGACCAAAUGUUGCUGUCUAGCCGACCGUUUGGAUAAGAUCGCUGAAACACAAUCAGAGCUUCAGAACCUAAUAGAUCGCCUUUCGAACACCUAUGAGUUACAGCUUCUUUGCAUGGCGGUGACCUACUAUCUGAACGCAGUGGGAAGCUUCUAUCUGAUGUUUAGUGUUGGAAAGUAUAAAAACUUGAUCGAAGACUGGCCUCCUAUUGUACUUCUUUUGGGGGCUCUAUAUUUUUUGUUUUUCUUCUUCGAUAACUGGAUAACUAUGUACAAUUCUUUUCAUCUGUUGGACGUCCAUGGUGAAUUGGUAACGCUGAUGGAUCACCGAACUUUACUUUCUCCUGCUUUGGAUAAUCGUUUGGAGACUACACACAUUAAGGUCAUCUAUAUUAGAAAGCCAUAUUAUCUUUUAGGCUACCAUCACUACUGUUCAGUAUAUCGCAAUGGUUGA